AAUAUUUCUGACAAUUUAUAAUAAAAUUACAACUAUUAUAUUGUUGAUGAAACUUAGUUAUAAAGUUCUAAGAAUAUUUAAGUUGAGAAAUUGUUAUCUGGGUUCCACUUAUUUGUCUAAAACUACAAAAAUAUGGUACAGUUUUAACCAACUAAGUUAAUAAGUCUAUGCUGGCUAAUAACAGGAAAAAUAUCAACAUAGUAACCUUGCAAGGCUGGAAAUAAAUGAAAAUAACAACUCACUUUGUUGAACGUGCGGCUAAGAUGUGCAACAAUUAUUCUUGUAUCAUAGACAUUGAAGAGUAUAAUAUUCCAGAAAAAAAUAAAUUUUCAAGAAAAAUGCUUUAUGUUAUUGUAGUCGUAACCUUAAUCACACUUUGCUUGACAUUCAAAGUUAUAGGGAAGCCGGCUUCAGGACCCAAUAUCGAACUAUGGGACGAAAUCAAACAGAUAAAUAAGGAAAUAGCAUUAAUUAAACAAAAAAUAGAGGACAUUGAAAAUAGUGAAUUGUCAUCGAACGUCAUAACAUCACGUGAUGUUAAUGGUUGGCUGGCAGUGAAAGAGGGUUAUUCAACGGUAUACUCAGCACUAGAGAAUUAUUUUGGGAAGGGCAAGUCAAAUCCUAAUUCAAUUCAAGCUAGUGGUUCUAACUGGACGGAUGUAACUGUCCACCAGGAACAUAAUAUUAAUAAGACUGUGCGAGAAAUACAUCAUAUAUAUAAUAGCACGGUCACAAUACACAAUCAUUAUUACAAUAAUAAUGAUAGUAAUGUACCGUGACCGUGCUAUUAUAUAUAUUAUGUAUAUGUUGCACCGUCUUAUUAUUAUUGUGUUCUUGAUUGACUCCUUCAUCCAUCCAAUUAAAACCUCCUUGAAUCGAAUAUUUGGAUUUGACUUUCCGUUACCAAAAUAAUUCUCCAGGGCUGAAUAUACCAUAUACCCACCAAUUAACAUCACGCGAUGUUACGAUUGAUGAUAAUUCAUUUUUUUCCAUAUUAUCCUCUAUUUUACGUUUAAUUAUUGCUAUUUCCCGAUUUAUCUGUUUGAACAUUUACCAAAAAUGCUCACUGUGAAUCUGCGUACUAUAAGCUAACUUAGAUCACCGAAGGUGAACAUUGUUUGGUUUUACGGGCAUCUGUGUGAAUCACCUGAUCAAACCGAACACACCAGGGUUGCCAGGAACCUUCGUCGCAUCGUCGCCACUACAGAGCGCCAAUAU